CAAAGUCAUAAGGCCUUGGUCCUUUGCUGCUUCGGUUGGAUCAACCCACAAUGCCAGAAAACAAAGCUUUUAGACACACAAGAAAUGAACAUCAUUUAUCAGCUUUUACCGAACCAGGAUCAUGAUUCCAUCUGCUUCGCCAUUUUCCUCUGGUUUGAGAUUAUAGCUAGCUUUGGAUUUUAGCCCGUCUGGAGUUGAAUUCAUGGAGAUGGAGCCUCGCGUCGGGAAUAAAUUCCGGCUAGGUCGGAAGAUCGGCAGCGGGUCAUUUGGAGAGAUCUAUCUUGGUACUAAUAUUCAGACGAAUGAAGAGGUUGCCAUCAAGCUUGAAAAUGUCAAGACAAAGCACCCUCAGUUGCUGUAUGAAUCAAAGUUGUACAGAAUCCUGCAGGGAGGAACUGGAAUUCCAAAUGUGAGAUGGUUUGGAGUUGAGGGAGAUUAUAAUGUUCUGGUCAUGGAUUUGCUAGGACCCAGUCUUGAAGAUCUAUUUAAUUUUUGUAGUAGGAAACUAUCCCUAAAGUCAGUUCUCAUGCUUGCAGAUCAAAUGAUCAAUCGUGUUGAAUUUGUUCAUUCAAAAUCAUUCCUACACCGAGAUAUCAAGCCUGAUAAUUUCCUUAUGGGCCUAGGAAGACGUGCAAAUCAGGUCUACAUUAUUGACUUUGGUCUGGCUAAGAAAUAUAGAGACAAUUCAACUCAUCAACACAUUCCUUACAGGGAAAACAAGAAUCUGACUGGGACUGCUAGAUAUGCAAGCAUGAAUACACACUUGGGGAUUGAGCAAAGCAGGAGGGAUGAUUUAGAGUCUCUUGGUUAUGUCCUUAUGUACUUCUUAAGAGGAAGUCUUCCUUGGCAGGGACUGAAAGCUGGAACAAAGAAACAGAAGUAUGAGAAAAUUAGUGAGAAGAAGGUUUCUACAUCAAUUGAGGCCUUGUGUCGAGGUUAUCCAACAGAAUUUGCAUCUUAUUUCCAUUACUGCCGUUCACUCAGAUUUGAUGAUAAGCCAGAUUAUGCUUAUUUGAAGAGAAUAUUCCGUGACCUCUUCAUUCGUGAAGGCUUCCAGUUCGAUUAUGUUUUUGACUGGACUAUUUUAAAGUAUCAGCAAUCACAGCUAGCUACUCCUCCAACUCGUGCCCUUGGUCCUGGUGCUGGAACAAGUUCUGCAAUGCCCCCUGUUAUUGCCAAUGCUGAUAGACAGACAGCUGGAGAAGAUUCCUCCCGGAGGAGGGCACCAGUACCAGUAAUGAAUUCUGGAAAUUUAUCCAAGCAGAAAAGUCCAGCUAAUGAUUCUGCAGUAACUAAGGAUGCUGUGUAUUUUGGACAGUCAGGUGGGUCCUCCAGGCGAAUUUCUGCCUCUGGUAGCCGUGAUGUAUUUGCUGGAAGUGAGUGUGAUCCACAACGAUCUCGUACAACUGAUGCUAGCCCUGGAGGACACAGAGUUUCAAGUUGGCAGAGAGGUACCUCUCCUGUUUCAUCCUCAGAGCCCAAGCGAACAUUGUCUGGUAGGAAUACCGCUCAUGUAAAGAACUAUGAAGCAGCUGUUAAGGGCAUGGAGAGCCUGCACUUUGAAAAUGAUGAACGGGUUCAUUUUUAGAUGCUUAGUCCUACCGGGCACUGUAAAAUCAUGCAAUGGUUGAUGUAUUAUUACAUUUUGCAAUUGAACAGAAUUCCCCCAAGGAGUUGACUUUUCAAGGAAUGUGUGACAUACAGCCUGCAGUCCUUUGCGUUUGGACUCAUUCCCCCAAUGCAUAAUGCAUAAAUUUUUCCAAAGAUAACUUCUGGAGUAUGUAUAAUUCAACAGCGUCAAGGUGUUGCCUGGAAAGGGCAUGUGUGCUACUGACUUUUUUUCUAUUUUUCCUGACGGUUCAACUGUAUCUUUGGUGUCUGUUUCAUCUCGACUCGUGCGUCUUGUUAUCGUCUGGGAUUCGUUGGAUUUUCUGAACUCAUGUCACUGUAGUUCGGCAUACGCUAAUCAUGGUACUCUGUCGUUCUAACAGCAGUUCCUAUAUAUAUAUAUAUACAUAUUUUAAUCCUAAAUUUUUAUAUAAUUGGUUUUUUGUAUAAGAAUUGUAUGACACUUGUGUAAGAUGAAUUCAGCUCUCCAUUUUGAUCAGCCAGAAACCAAAUUUACAACCAAAUUUACAAUCAAAUUUGUUGAAAAUU